UGGUGCAAUUAAGUCUUUAAUUAAAGGCCCAAGACGGCGCCACACUCAUUCUGAUCGAUCCAAUAGCGUUUAGAGAGAGAAAAUAAAUCCCGAUUUUCUCUCUUCCCCCAUCUCUCUGGUGAGCACACCAUUGACCCUGAGAUCUAGUACAAGCUAAGUAUUUUUUUCUUUUAUUUUCUAUCGAUCAAUUGAUCAAUCUGCUCUUUCACAUUACUCGUUGCAACAAACACGAUGAUGGGCUAUGUUUGUUGCACAAAAUAAUCCGACCCAUCAAAUCUUGAUCAUUUCUGUAAGUGUUUCUUGUCUUCUUGAAUAUAUAUAUGCAAAGAUUGUAGGUACUGUGUCAAGAAAAUGGAUAAUAAUUAUUCAAGAAUCUCUAGUUCGUUUGUUGAGUCACAAUUGCAUGAUGGUGAUCUUAAUUCUGGGGAUAGAGACUCUAAAGAUGCGGCCUUUACAAAAUUAGUGGCUUCUGAUCAGGAGCUAGGGCUUGUAAAGUCAAAAUCUUUGAACAUAGAUGAUGAUAUUGAUGAUGAUCUUGAUUUUGAUAAUGUACCCUUUGUAGCUAGUGGUAGUAGAACUACUGGGUCUGGCUUAUAUGGUGCUGUUUUUAAUCUGACAACUACUGUUGUGGGUGCUGGCAUUAUGGCUUUGCCUGCAACUAUGAAGGUUUUGGGUUUGUUUGUAGGUCUUGUUUUUAUAAUUUUGAUGGGUAUUUUGUCAGAGGUUAGUAUUGAGUUUCUUGUUCGAUUUACGGUGCAUUAUAAAGCGACUUCUUAUGGCGAGGUUGUUGAACAUGCAUUGGGUAAGAGAGGUAGAAUUUGUUCCGAGAUUUUUAUCAUUCUUAAUAAUGCGGGGAUGUUAAUAGUUUAUUUGAUUAUAAUGGGUGAUGUGAUGUCGGGUUCGCUUCAUCAUCUUGGAAUAUUUGACCAGCUGUUGGGGAAUGGUGUGUGGGAUCAUAGGAAGAUGUUGAUUUUAGUUGUGUUGGUGAUUUUUCUUGCACCACUUUGUGCUUUGGACAAAAUAGAUUCUUUAAGCUUGACUUCAGCUGCGUCUGUAGCUCUGGCAGUUAUAUUUGUUCUUGUUGCUUUUGUGGUGGCUUUUAUAAAGCUUGUUGAGGGAAAGAUUGAAGCUCCAAGGUUUACCCCAGAAUUUGGCUCCACAAAGGCAAUCUUGGAUUUGCUUGUAGUGAUACCAAUUAUGUCAAAUGCAUAUGUGUGCCACUUCAAUGUGCAGCCUAUAUAUAAUGAACUGGAAGGACGCUCACCUGAGAAGAUGAACCGGGUGGGGAGGAUAACAACUGCUCUUUGUGUUUUUGUUUAUGCUUCGACUGCCAUGGCUGGUUAUUUACUCUUUGGGGAAGAUACAGAGUCAGAUGUGCUGACUAACUUUGAUAAAGAUCUUGGGAUUCGUUUCAGUACCGCUUUGAAUUAUGUAGUUCGUGUUGGUUACAUUCUUCAUCUGCUCCUUGUUUUUCCUGUUAUUCAUUUCUCCCUGCGUCAAACUGUGGAUACUUUAUUAUUUAAGGGAUCACCUCCACUAACUGAAAGUAGGAAGAGAUGUCUGAUCUUAACUGGGGUACUGUUGGCAUUCAUUUAUUUUGGUUCCACGAUGAUUCCAAAUAUCUGGACUGCUUUUAAAUUUACGGGGGCGACUACAGCUGUUUCAUUGGGUUAUACAUUCCCAGCUCUUGUUGCAUUGAGGUUAGGGAAGCAGGGGGCUGGUUUGAGCCUAAAUGAGAAGCUUUUGUCUUGGUUAAUGCUGAUAUUGGCCAUCUUGGUUAGCAUUUUCGGAGUGUUUGGAAAUAUAUAUAGCAUCAACAGCAAAUCUGAAUGAUAUAAAUGAGCUUUGGGUGGAUUUUUGUUUUAGUAGAAGAUGAGGAUUUUUAGGCAACUUGCAAGUUGAGAUUAGUGUUAGGACUGCAAGAUAAGACAAUGGCUACAAGCUUAUUUGUUUAAAGACUCAUUCUUUAUCCACUGUUUACAUGUUACUGAGAAGUGUGGCGGUUCGUUCUUUAGAGGAUGAACUUCAAGGAAACUUUAUGGAGGCAAGAGCAUCACAAACGCAAGUCCUCGGACAGGUUCAUCAAUUAUUUGAUGAUUAGUUUCAUUUCAUCAUAUCAUUCAUCUCCGUGCUUCAAGUAUUCAUAUCUAUUCUUCCCAAUCACCUCAAGCUGGGAUCCUUGUAACAUUUUUAUACAACAAUUAAAGUGACUGUUUAAGAAACAGUUCUCUUAUGAUAUAUUCAUAUAAUUUCAUACCUUUAUACUUUUUCUCA